AUGCCGUCAGGCAGCGCUGCGAAACCGGGUGGCGAGUUGAAACGGUUCGGCGUCAGUGGAGCCCCUACACGCUGUUCUCGGAGGGGUGGUGAAAGGCCUAAAACUACCAGUGGUGCGCAAGCAGCUGCGUGGAGAACAGGGCAGGCGAGCCCUUGGGUGGAAGUCAAACGAGAAAAGGACCUUUUAACGUUCGUUACACCGAUGGAUACGACAAACGGCUCUGGAUUUGGUCUCUCAGUAGAACAUACUGACAGCAUCAUUAAUAUAAUAUGUUCACUCACCAGUGAUAAUUUCAAGGUACCUAGUGGAGCCAGGGAUGAUUCCGAACUUCGCAGUGAUCAAACACCACCUGGAACACAAGGCAUACAAUCGCCAUGA